AUCCAAACCGAGAUAAACCCGCAGUUUGUGGGUUUAGGACGUGUUUAAACCCGCAGUUCGUGGGUUUAGGACGUGUUUAAACCCGCAGUUCGUGGGUUUAGGACGUGUUUAAACCCGCAAUUCGUGGGUUUAGGACGUGUUUAAACCCGCAGUUCGUGGGUUUAGGACGUGUUUAAACCCGCAGUUCGUGGGUUUAGGACGUGUUUUCUCGCGGCUGACGGGACCGUUGACGCGGCAUGGACGACAGCAAGAUGCCGGAGGGGAAGGUGAAGAAUCCCGGGAAACGCAGCAGGAAACCGGCCAAGAUGGACCUGCGGGAGGAGCUGGACAUGAUGCCGGAGGGGAAGGUGAAGAAUCCCGGGAAACGCAGCAGGAAACCGGCCAAGAUCGACCUGCGGGAGGAGCUGGACAUGAGUCAUAAAGGAAGACCCAAAAGACACUGCUGUGAUGAUUGCAAGCAAGUCUUCACCACUUCAUCAAAGCUGAAGAAGCAUAAGAAAACUCACACUGGGGAUAAACCGUACAGCUGUGAUCAGUGUGGAGCUUAUUUUGCCCGACAAGGUAACUUAAAGCAACACCAUCGUAUUCACACUGGAGAUAAGCCUUACAGAUGUGAUCAGUGUGGAGCGGCUUUUGUCCGACAAGGUCAUUUGACGACUCACCAGCGUAUUCACACUGGAGAGAAGCCUUACAGCUGUGAUCAGUGUGGAGCGGCUUUUGCCCAUCAAGGUGCUUUAAGGCGUCACCAACGUAUUCACACUGGAGAAAAGCCUUACAGAUGUGAUCAGUGUGGAGCGGCUUUUGCCCAUCAAGGUGCUUUAAGGAGUCACCAACGUAUUCACACUGGAGAAAAGCCUUACAGAUGUGAUCAGUGUGGAGCGGCUUUUGCCCGGCAAACUCACCUAACGAAUCACCAACGUACUCACACUGGAGAAAAGCCUUACAGAUGUGAUCAGUGUGGAGUGGCUUUUGUCCAGCACGGUGCUUUAAGGAGUCACCAACGUAUUCACACCGGAGAAAAGCCUUACAGAUGUGAUCAGUGUGGAGCGGCUUUUGCCGAGCAAAGUGCUUUAAGGAGUCACCGACGUAUUCACACUGGAUAAAAAGUGUACAUUUAUGAUCAGGUCAUUGUCAGGGUUUGAAAUUUCCCGUUUUAAUUUAAAGCCCAUGUCUUUGUGUUUCUUUGUGUUUGAGUUCUUGUUUGACCUUCCUGGUUCCCAUCUGCCCUGAUCGUUUGCACCUGUGUAUCUUUAUCCUUUGUGUAUAUCUGGUCUUGUCUUUCCCCUGCUCCCUGCUGGUCCGUCCUUUUUCAUCCCUCCAUCUGUUCCCCGUCAAGUUUUGCCAUAGUUUUCAGAUUCUUGUUUUAAGUUCUGGUUUUUUGAAUCCUGU